UUUCACUGAUGGAUGGCAUAGCCAGUCGUCAACUCAACUCAUCUCUUCAGUUUUCAAUGGUUUUAGUUUGUCUGUUGAGGUUGUUUGCAUUUCGAUGCAGACUGAUGAUGUCCAUGCAGCCGUUACCUUUGAAGUUGAUUGUUGCAAAUACUAAGCAAGCCAAAUCAGAAGUGAUGAACAAUUUAAAUGGAAAGAGUAGAAAAAGGCCUAAAACUUUGGCUCGAACAAAGCAGAAGAGAAAAUCAGCAAGACAGGUUGAUUAUACUGAACAAGUGAAUUCUGACAUGGACGAGACAAAUACGGACAAGACGAUAGACGGCAAGCUUAAGUCGAGUGCAACAUCAGGAACGACAGAAGACAAUGAGUGUGAACAGAUUGAUCACAAUACCAGAGAGACGAGUUUUCGAAAGACUGUGAAAUCGCGUGGUAACACUGAAGGUAGGAGACGUGCUGUCAAGCGUUCUUGCACUAGAAAGGUCUCUACACAGUCGGUUACGCCUUCAAAGGCUCCAGACUGUUUGAAACAGAAGGCUAAAGGGAGGAAGGUAGAUUUUAAGCAUGAAGACAGUGACUUUGAUCUCGUUGCAGUGUCUAGCGAAGAAACAGAGAGUGACAAGUCAGACUUGGAUGUUAGUGAACUAAAGGAAAUUCAAUCUUUGAAUGAUCAGCAACGAGUUUUGAAGAAGUCACAUCGUGUGAGUCAGUCUAAUAAGAAGCAAUGUGGCAAGUCCAUCAGUGGAGAUGUAGAUGGAAAGACUGAUUAUUGGACUGAAGUAUUUCUGCCAUCAGCAAACAGAUGGAUCUGUAUUAAUCCUCUGACUGGUGUGGUUGACAGUGUAGAGGAUAUCACAGAUCAUGCAACACAUUCGAUGUCGUAUGUACUUGGCAUAGAACAGGAUGGAAGUGUGAAGGAUGUUACUGCUAGAUAUGCAGCUGAUUGGAUGACUGGUGCAAGGAAAAGGAGAGUUGACAGCAGCUGGUGGCGAGAAACACUCUUGCCCUUACAGACUAAACGCAAAAAAGAAGAUCAACGGGAAGACAGUUUAAUCCAAGCUAUGUUGGAGAGACAGCCAUUUCCAUGUACGAUUGGAGACUUUAAGAACCAUCCACUAUACACAUUGCAGCGGCAUUUACUGAAGUUUGAAGCGAUAUACCCAGAGCAGGAGCCUUUAGGAUAUUUUAAGGGUGAAAGCAUUUAUCCACGAGAAUUUGUUCGAACACUGCACAGUAGAGAAACAUGGCUGAAGCAUGCCAAGAUGGUCAAGGCUGGAGAAAAGCCUUACAAAAUGGUGAAACAAAGACCUAAGAGGAAUGAGCCUCAGCAUUUUCGCGAUCAGUUACGUUUGGAAGUAUUUGGAGAAUGGCAGACAGAACCUUACAAGGCAGAUCCAGUGAAAGAUGGUAAAGUGCCACGAAAUGCAUAUGGAAAUCUUGAACUAUUUCAACCUUGUAUGCUUCCUGAGGGCGCUGCACACGUACAGAUUCCAAACAUUCAUAAGGUUGCGAAGAAGUUGGACAUUGACUAUGCUCUUGCAAUGGUUGGAUGGGACAUUCAUAGUGGCUUCAAUCAUCCAGUGUUUGAUGGCAUCAUUAUAGCUAAGGAGUUUGAGCAAACAUUGAUUGAGGCAUGGGAGCAGCAGCAGGAGGAAAUGGAGAGAAAAGUAGCGGAGAAACACGAGAAAAUUGUAAUUGGUCGUUGGCGUAAACUGAUCAAGGGGCUACUUAUUCAAGAACGAUUAAAAAGAAAAUAUCACUUCCAAGAUGACAGCGAGGUUGCAGAGACAGUGAGUAGUGAGGCAGUCAGUACAUCAAAGUUGAUGCUUUCAAAUGCUGAUAAGGAUGGAGAUACAGUAGGUUGUCUUAAGUUGCCACCGGUUGUUUACUAAGGUUGUUUUAUGAAUAAGCUCGGUUGCUUUGUAAUGUUACUUGUUACGAUGUGUUCAAGUACUAAGUUCUUUUAGUCUUUCAUUAUUAAACAUGCGUUGUUUGAAGAUGGUA